UGGCCUCUGUCUCGCUCUCAGCCUCCCAUUGGCGGAAAUACAAAGCUUUUAUCUCUUUUGUCUCUUAACCGGAGAGAGAUAGAUAUAUCUGAAUUUUAUUUUACUUUAUUAAUUUUUCAAAAAAAAACAAUGAAGCAAGCAGUAAAGAGAAAAGUUGUAACAGUAGCAGCAGGAUAGUGGGAGAAAAAGUGGAAGAAGAAGAACGAGGAAGAGCCAAUUAGGGCACUGUCUGCAAGUUUCAUCCUCAAAAGGUUGAGAUUCUUUCAGCAUUUUUCGGUUUUGUUCGGAGUUCGGUGUAAUAUUUCGCUCUAAUUCCCGCGAGUUCAUGGACGCUUAUUGGGUUUUUCAUGACCUAAAGCGGCAUGAGUUGCAACAUUUGAAAAGUGUUAUGGUUUGGUAGUGGAGUUUCGGGAGUUCCUACCCAAAUGGCAGCGGAGUCGAACACCGGGUUUCACCUCCAGGAAACUUUUGGUUCUGUAAUGAAUCGGCACGCUAUAUCGUUUCAGUCCGGGGCAAUCAACAGCUCGUCCGAGAUGAUGCCGCUGGACAAUUACUAUGGGAUAAACAGCACCGCAGACCUGCUGUUUUUUGGGAAUUCUUCCAACAUCAUCAACAUCAGUCCCGUGAUAUGUCAGCCUGGGAACCCAUCUGCUUCUUCUCUUGUUCAUGAUUCUGUUCCCGGGCUCAAGCACGACACUGAGUUUGCCGUGGAGUGGUCGGUCGAGGAACAGUACAAAUUGAAGGAAGGCCUGGACAAAUUUGUUGAUGAACCAAGUAUAAUGAAGUAUAUCAAGAUUGCGGCGACAUUGCAUAAUAAAACUGUCCGUGAUGUUGCUUUGAGGUGUAGGUGGCUGACGAGAAAGCGAAGAAAAUCUGAGGAACAUAACGUGGGAAAAAAGGUGAACAUUCGUAAGGUGAACCACCCUAUGGCAGAGCCCUUCGGACUCACCCAUGAUAAGCUGGUGGAGUCGUCCUUGAAAACCAAUAUACAUUCAGCUCCGCCACUGAAUGUAGCUGCAAAUUCCCUCAUGAUGCGCAAUAUGGAUCAGAAUGAGAUCAUGGCUUAUGGAGUCUCUGGAAUAGGUGGCCCAACAAAGCAUCUCUUGGAACAGAAUGCUCAAGCGUUUAACCAAAUCACAGAUAAUCUUUCUAUACGCAAGGUGGAGGACAACAUUAAUCUUUUCUGCCGUACGAGAAACAACCUUAAUGCUAUCCUAAACGACAUGAGACAAAUGCCUGGCAUAAUGAGCCACAUGCCACCGCUGCCUGUAUUCAUAAAUGAGGAUCUUGCAAAUAGUAUUUUGCAUUACACAACUUAGCAUCUGACAAAAUCAAUGAGCUCAAAUGGACUGCCUUAAAAGUGUCUGAGCUCAGCAGUAUACAAGUUCUUUUUCUUUGCCGGGAAGCCGAGUUGUAUACAUGCACUUAGGAGCCUUGCUUAUUCGAGAACACUACGAACUGCCUCGUCAAAUUUUGGGCUUCGACCUGUCUUCGAAUCUACUGCUCCCCUGAUGUAUCGUGUUUCCUCUGCAGGCAGAUGUAUAAAUAAAAUUAUUUUGUGGAAACAAAUACCGAUAUAUGUAUAGAUUGAGAUGGCACUUUUCAUUAUUUUCAACUGUUAAUUUUCAUUUGUCAUUCACGUUGUGGAGUAAGCGCAGAUUGGUUUUUGUCUUUAACUUUGAUUGGAGUUCUUAGUUUUAGUUUAUAAAAAGUUUUUCUUUUGGCAGGAA